AUGACGAAAAUCGACUCCUCUGCCGUCCCUACGGUCCGUAGGACGAUUCUUGCAGAGCCCCAAGAUUGGGAUAAAUGGGUAAAGGAGCUACGGGCUCGUGUGGACAGAACCAUCCACAAUUUGGUCUUCUCUGACAAGCAGGACCCUCUCGAGCCCCCUCUUCGACCUAGGGCAACGGACUUUGCAGAGGGAGCUACCCUCUUCUCUGAGCUAACCUCUGCACAACAGAGAGCUUUUUCUGCUGCCUUAGGCGACUACGAGAGUCACCGAAAGGAAUACCUUUACGAGACGAAGUUGCUAACGGCUGCUCGUACGGCGAUAACGGAAUCCUCUCAAGAAGAGGUCCUAGACGAGGAAACGGAAGAAGAAACCGACGUCGAAGCAGUCGAGGAUAACGCCGACUUCGAAGAAGAAGAGGAAGCUGCUAGAUCAGAUGAUCUAGACGAAGAAGGAGACUAUAGAAAAGCGAAGAAGUUGUCUAUAUGCGCCUUCCACCAGGCUUCCAACAGCCAGGAAAGGUUCUACGGCUUAGGAAAGCUCUAUACGGACUACGAAGAUCACCCCUUCUUUGGCAACAGCAUUUAA